AUGUGGUACGACGAUGCGAAGCUCCACCGGUGGACGGCGCAUCACCCCAUGUAUGCCGGCCCUGGCGAAGCGUCGGAGCGCUUCGGCGACAUGGAUGUUGCGCCGCACCUGUGUGGCCUCGUGUGGGCCAUAUUCAUGAGUUUGUUUGCCUGGUGCUUCUACCAGCUGCUAGGCGGGCCCGAGCUGCGAGGUGACAGACACUUUGAGGAGUGGACGAUGCAGUUUGAUGAGAACCUUGCUGGCGCUCUCUAUGCUGAGGAGCGCAACUCGCGUUCGCGCAGCAGCGUGCUCCGGGGAGACUGGGACAGGAUCAUGGGUGUUGCUUCAACGUUGACCGACUACUAUCGGAACAACAUGUCGGUGGUGGACAAGACCAACUACCCGGCGUAG